AUCAGCAGACUUGCUCUGCAACUUUGGCCAGUUGUAUUGAGUAUCCAAUCCAAAGCACAGCCAAGUAAUGCAGCUCAUAGUAGUGUUUACCUGUCUGGCGAUAUCAGCAGCCUCUGUUGCUCAGAGUGACGCCACAGUGGCCUGUUAUAUGGAUGCAUCCAUACAGCACAUGGUUUUCCCUGUUGAUUCUUUCUCAUGCACUCAUAUUAUUUACUCCACUGCUUAUAUUAGUGAUGACUUCAGUUUUAAAACCUUGUCCUUGGAUGUGGACCUUUUUAGUUCCAUGCUGAAAAGUCUGAAAGAAAGGAAUCCAGGUCUGAAGAUUUUGCUUGGUAUUGGGUUGGAGCAGUCAAGGUUGGAGGUGUUGUUGCAGCAGCAGAUAAUUCUGGAUAAUUUUCUUAACUCAUUGCUGAAAUAUGUGAUGAAGAACAGUUAUGAUGGUGUGGAGUUGACAUGGUUGGAGAAUGACUCUGAUGAAACUCUCAGGAACACUGAAACUCUCACACGUUUCAUCAAGGAGCUGAACUGGACCAACCAAGCUGCUGAUAAGUCAUUGCUUGUUUUGGUGUCUCUUCUGGACCAUAAUGACCACAUCAGUACUCUUACUGACAAGAAAACUUUAUCACAGUAUGCUGAUUUCAUCUGCAUACUGCCACUGAGCUCUAAUAACAAAGAGCCACAAAUAGACAACACAGUCAACUAUUGGCAGACCCAAGUUGACCCCAAGAAGCUUAUCAUUGCCUUGCCUGCAAUUGUACAACAACCUCAAAAAAGGCAGAGCACUAAUCAGUCCAGGAUUGUGGGCAUAAACCCAGAGAGGAAAGUGGAGCAAAUGAAUGGCCCUGGGCUGAUUAUAGGCAAAAAGGUUUGCCAGGCCAUCAAGAGUGGACAAAAGGAAUUAAAGACUUUAACAAACCGUGAGAGUGCUCAAAGCCAUGGGGAAGAUGUGUCAUGGUUCCUACAGAAAGGGCUCGGUGGUGUUGGGGUUAUCACGUUGGACAUUGACAACUUUCUCAACUCUGUUUGUCUCAACUGCACCACAAAUGAAAAGGCGAUUCUUGGAUUAAAUGUGAUUACUGGGCAUCAACAUGGGCAUGGUCACCAUGGGCAUCGUCAUCAUGGGCAUCGUCAUCAUGGGCAUCGUCAUCGUAGGCAUCAUCAUCAUGGGCAUCGUCAUCAUGGGCAUCGUCAUCAUGGGCAUGGACACCAUGGGCAUCAUCAUCAUGGGCAUGGACACCAUGGGCACGGACACCAUAGGCACAGUCCCCAUAGUAACAGUCACAAUAUUAACAGUCAUCACAAUUAGAAAGGGCGUUUGCAUCAUGGUCAUCAUUAUUCAGUCAAAUUGAAGUUUAAAAGCAAGAGAGCCUAAUAAUCGCAUAUAUUCAAAUAGUGUUUUGUCACAUGAGUUAAUCAAAUAUUGCAUGAGUGUGUUGAAUGUUGCUUAAAAUAGCAUUAAAGCAUUGUGCCAGUGAUAUAUACUGUAGUUUGCUUACACAAUAGUUCUGAUAUCUACUCAUGCUUUUGCUAAAUAAAUGUUCCAGACUUGUGUGGAAAAUGUUAUUAGUUGGAAUAUUAGUUAACUAGUGUAA